UCUUCCAGAAAACCACAACGAUGAGGUCCCUGGCGCUCACCCUCGCCGUCUUGGUGGCCACAACGCACGCCGCUCUUCUGAACGGCUUGGACCACCACGACCACCACGACCACCACCACGACUUCGAGCUGGCGACGGGCGAGGAGAGCAAGAUCGCCAAUGCGAGGAUCAACGAACUCUUCGAGGGACUCGCCAGAUCGGAAUUCAGCAGGACGCCCGUGGACAUGCCGACGAUGACUGACAUCCCGACAGAGAUCUCAUUCUCAUGCGCAGGGAAGUUGCCCGGAUAUUAUGCUGAUGUUCAGUAUGACUGUCAGCUGUACCACGUCUGCGAAGCCCACGACAUGACCUCGUACCUCUGCCCCAACGGUACGAUCUUCAACCAGGAGAUCUUCGCCUGCGACUGGUGGUUCAGCGUCGACUGUUCCGCGGCGCCCAACUACUACCACUUGAAUGAGCAGAUUUACAAGGACCCCGAGGUGGAAGAGACCGCAGAGGGCCAAGAGCAGCAGGCGAGCUCUCCCGCAGAAGGAAGACGCGACCAGACCUUCAGUUUCGGUAAGGCUCGUGUGGAGGACCCCUUCGCUGCCAUCUUCCAGGGCCUUUCCGCGCCCGACGAGACGCCCGAGAGUAGCGCCAAGGUGGAGUCCGUGGCCGCCCCUGAGCAGGCGUCCUUCUUCAUCCCCGUCCCUGCGUCAGCACAGAACCGGGAAAAGACCGCCAGCCAGCUCAGCGACUACCUGCCCCCCACACAGGACUACCUCCCCCCUUCCAAUGACUACUUGCCGCCUACCCAGGACUACCUCCCCCCGCCCGGAGACUACCUUCCUCCCUCGUCUUCCUGAGUUGGAGGACUUUAGUGCGCUCAGGGCGGCGUUCCUCGCCCUCGAACUCCUGAAUCGGAGGCGAGGGACUGCCGUAGUUUUAGGGUUUAAGAAUGCCGUAGUGUUAAUGUUUUGCAUCUCUUCCUCAUCCAUUCCGCUUCAGCAGACUGAAAAAUGUAAAAAAAAAAAAAAUCUCUAUGGCAACUCCUUUGACUUUCGUAAGCUGUGAACCUGUGUAGGAUCGAACUUUUGUAUAAAUCUCGUAAAUAAAGCUCAAUGUAUUUAUAGACACAAGUAAAUACGAGGUGUACAUACUCUAAAGCAAUUCAUUGAAGAGUAAAAUCCUGUCUGUAUAAAAUGUCUUCUACGUAGUGCUGGAUACAUUCUUUACGUAGGCCUAGGAGUGUCAAGAAAAUGUAAACAUGAAAUACACCCAUAACUCAUCAGAAA